CUUAUCAGUGAACUGCUCAUAGCUUGUUGUGUUUGCUCCCGAAAUAUAAAGUUUUAACAUUUCUAUGUUAUAAUUGGAUAAUUUUGUGCUUUAAAUUCACUUGAAGAAAUAAAAUUUCGCUAUAGGAGUGAGAUGGCGAUUGUUAGCAAUAUUUUCAGAGACCAAUGCAGUUUUUGCUCUGAUAUAUGCAAUGAAGAAUUUCGUCACGCAUUGGUUCCCACUCACCAUCGAGAACAGAAGCUAGAAAUUAUCUUGCAGAAGCUACGCGGUUUCACUUCCCAAUUGAGCAGCUAUUCCACGUGCGACAAAUGCCGCCAAGAAUUUAUAAGCCUCCAUAACAUUCCCGAGAGCUUGUUCCAAAUUUUGCCCAGCGUCAAACCGACUGACAUCAAGAUGGAACCGGAGUUAAUGAUCGAUGACCACGAGCUGUCGGCUAAUGAUAAGAUUUAUGAGACAAACCCAACAGCGGAUUUUGGGUUAAAUGAACAGGAAACUGGGACGCAAAUCAAAGGAGAACUCGAAGAUGAAUUCUCCAUCAACCAUAUGGACGAAGAAGACGACAGUACAUCAACCAUUUGCACGGGUGAACGGUCCCAUCGUUGUCCACAUUGUUCGAAAUCAUUCACGGGUUCUACGGGUCUCAAAUAUCACAUUCGAAUUCAUACGGAUGAACGUCCCUACUCUUGUCCACAUUGUCCGAAAACGUUUAGACAAAGUUCGACGCUCAAUCUGCACAUUCGAAUACAUACGGAUGAACGUCCCUACUCUUGUCCACAUUGUCCGAAAGCAUUUAGGAGUGCUUCAGCGCUUCGAGGACAUAAUCGAAUUCAUACGGGUGAACGUCCUUAUGCAUGUUCUCAUUGUCCGAAAGCAUUUAAGAGUGCUUCAGUGCUUCGGGAGCAUAAUCGAAUCCAUACGGGUGAACGUCCCCAUCCAUGUCCACAUUGCCCGAACAUGUUUAAAACUUUAUCAGCUCUCCAAGGCCACAUUUUGACUCAUACGGGUGAGUGUCCCUAUCCAUGUCCACAUUGCCCGAAAGCGUUCAAGUAUGGUAACUCGCUUCAACAACACAUUCGGUUACACACGGGUGAACGUCCCCAUUCUUGUCCACAUUGUUCGAAGACGUUUCGGCAACAUACAUCGUUUAAACGGCACCUUCGGGUCCAUACCGAUGAUCGUCCCUACUCUUGCCCACAUUGUCCUAAAGCACUUAAGGAUCAAAAUACGCUCCGAGAACACAUCCGAACUCAUACAGAUGAACGUCCUUAUUCUUGUCCACAAUGUCCGAGAGCGUUUAGGUAUCAUUCAUCGCUCCGAGAACACAUUCCAACUCAUACGGAUGAACGUCCCCACCCUUGUCCACAUUGCCCGAAAGCAUUCAAGCUUAAAAAUGCGCUCCAAAAGCACAUUCGGUUACACGUGGAAUCCAGUCCGGGACAAUCCAGUUUGUAGAAAUGGAAUCGAACGAAACAUUCAGUUGAAAGCAGUAUUCGCACAGUUUCAAUCGUCAAGUGAAAGUAUCUGGCUUCAAAUUAAAAGGAAAAGACAACAAAAAAGAACGCAAUUGAAGAACCGAUGUUUCAGUAUGCGUAGUGAAUACACAAUAUCGAAUUUGAAACUGACUGAAGAGAAAGAAAGAAGUAAAAAAGUCAUUUUCAUCUUUUCUUUUUUUCGAAAUUGUUAAGCCCCUGGACACAGCUAGUUUUUUUUUUUUU